AGGGUGCAUAAUUCGCCUAUCACGCACAUGGGAGAUAUUUGUACGCUCUUACACUCGGGCAUUCUUCCAGGCCCUCCAUUUCCUUCCUUUCUUCCUUCCUUCGCUCUCACCCACUCAGCACCACCCACAUUCUUCUCAGCUCAACCGCUUUUCCACAAGGCCCACUUUCUCACCAACAUCAUAACACGUCUCUGCGCUACCCAUCUCGCGCUCAACCACUCCUCGUUUGACACGAGUAAGAAACAGAAAGAAAAAAACGCGCACCGUAACUGCCAAGAAUGGCCACUCCGAACCAAGGAGGGCGAGGUGGAUUUAAUGGUAACCGUGAUGGAAGAGGGCGAGGUCGAGGCCAGGGUAACCGUGGACACCACGGUGGAGGGCCUGUUCAAGGGCCCGGACAAGGCCGUGGUCGUGGUCGUGGCAUGCUUACACAAGACCAAAAGGCUACCAUUGUUGUUGCUAAGCGAGAGUUCACUCUUCAGAUCGCAGGCGAGGGUACAGACGAUGUCGUUCUCGCUGCCGCAGCCGAUGAGAAGCUCCAGCACAAUGCCAGCUUUAUUCUCAACAAGGACGACUUUGUAGCCUUCACCGGUCAAAGGCAAAUCAGGAACUUUGUUAACUCCUGCCUUCUCAACCUUUCGAACCACCACAACAUCGAUACAUCCGGAAUCUUGACGAGCCUAUCCAAGGUUUCUGGACGUGCGCGUCUGAGGGAGAUCAUGCUCAUGCCGAUGCACAUCGAUGCUGGGGACUCAAAGGAUCUCCUGUCGUUCCAGUAUGUGGUACUGCCAUUGAUCGGGGUGUUUACCCGCGAGUCUGUGUGCCAGUCGACCCUAACAAGUGAGUCGGGAAUCAUAUACUCGACCGUAUUCAGUCACCAGAGACAGUUCUUGGACGAUGGAGUCAUGCGGUGCAUGGACCAGCUCUUGGAACGAAGAUCCAUGGCGGAUUUCAGCGCGGGCGGCCAGCGACUUCUCAACGAACAGACUUCCAUCUGUCAUGUCACUUCUUUGCCGUGCGCUCUUCUGGCCAUCGUACGACUCGUAUAUCAACUGAUCAAGAGAUUUCAGGAUGCGCAGACUGCGAUGGCUGAUUUGGUCGCAAAAUUGCGCACACAGCAGAUAAAGUGCCUUCAAGUGGCAUCCAGCUCGGCCGAGGAUCGAUUUUUCAACGAGAAUCUUGCUCGGGAAGUGACUCGAUUGGAACAGAUCAUCACUGAUGCCCGGGACAAGAUCAUCGAGCCUCUUCACUCUGCAGCUAGCCUGACGAGUCCUCAACCUUCCAGGCCCCGAGGACCGAAUAUGGUCCACCUCGUAUCCGCGUAUGACCCGCCAGGACACCUUUCCCCGAAGGGUUCUCGACACGACAAUGAUCAUGCGGAAAUUUCAAAGAUUAUUCUGUUGCCAACUGAGCAGGAGAUCGCUAGCCCUCGAGAUCCGUUCUUGCCAUCAAAUGAUAUCUCGGAGGCCCCUCAUUUUCUGCCUCCAGGUUGGAGACGCCAGCUCGAUAUACAUUUUCGGCUGUACAGGGAAGACAUGAUUGAUUCGCUCCGCAAAGGACUGAUGUCGUUCUCGAAUGUGCUCCAGGCAAUCAGGCCUGGGGAGGAGAGCAUCUUAUUGAAGCAGAAGGAGCUUAAGAAACGCCUGGACGACAAUAUCAGCCUGGACGUGUAUGGAGACGUGCACAUGCUGGGCAUGGAUACCACAAAGCAGACAUCCGUUGGCUCGGUCGAGAUCUCGUUUGGUCAACCGCCACGCGCAGCAGCAGCAACCACCCAUCAGCAGCGAGUCGAGUUCUGGGAGCGAUCCAGGAGACGGUUGAUGCAGGGCUCCCUUAUCUGUCUUGCGAGUCGUUCAGAUAAUAAUCGGCAGAUGGAGGAUGCAGGUCACCCGCCUUUUCAAAUGAUCCUUGGAGUGGUCACAAAGCGCGACACGGCGGCGUUGGCCAAGGACAACAAGGCGGCGCGGAUUCAUAUCUCUUUGGCAGAUCCCAAGGCCUACUUGACGAUGCUCAACAUAGCGAGUCAGUCCAAGAAAAAGCAGUGGUUUCUAGUAGAGUCCAUGGGCGGUUUCUUCGAGUCGUACCGUCCCAUCCUAAAGGCUCUCCAGAAUUGCGUGCCAGCGUCCCUGCCCUUCGGAAAGUACCUCGCUCCCACUGCCCAAGAACAGGAGGGGACGCUGGCGGCUGGAGAAGUAGCAGUCGAUCCACCACUGUAUGCUCGCGCCCCUGGAUUCACGUUCGAUUUGUCGGUGCUACUCAAAGGGCAGCGGUGUCAGCUGGAUGUGUUAAGCCAGGAUUCAGUCACAGUGGCGAUUAACAUGCUCCAGAGGCAGAGCACUCUCGAUGACACGCAAGCAUCCGCCUUGGUCGAAACUCUUUGCCGAGAAGUUGCGCUGAUCAGCGGGAUGUCCCUGAAUGAGCGAAGGCGGUUAUUGGACUCGUGGAAGCCCGAGGUACUGAAUUUCAUGAUGGCCAAAAAUAACGCGAACGACGAUAUUCGAAGGACUAUCCUUCGCGAGACUUCUGUGAUCGGAAUGACUACCAACGGCGCAGCCAAGUUGCAAACCUUGAUUAGCGCAGUCGCCCCCAAGAUCAUCAUUUGCGAGGAGGCGGGAGAGGUCCUGGAAUCUCAUAUUUUGGCGGCGCUCUCUGCUUCGACACAGCACCUGGUUCUCAUCGGUGACCAUAAGCAGCUUCGUCCCCAGAUCGAGACAUAUACUCUAUCAUCGGAUUCUACCAUCGGCAAGAACUACAAUCUCGACAAGUCUCUUUUCGAGCGCCUGUCUAAGAAGAACCCUCUACCACUGUCACACUUGACUAUUCAACGACGCAUGCGGCCCGAGAUCUCGAGCCUGAUCAGGAAUACGCUUUAUCCUGACCUGGCUGAUGGAGAGCGAGUCUUUGCGUAUCCCGAUGUGAGUGGCAUGGGCGCCAACUUGUACUUCAUGGACCAUGCACACGCUGAAGACAGCAAGGACCAGUACGGCGCACAGUCGUUCGCCAACUCUUUCGAGGUCAGGAUGGUUGGGGCACUGGCACAAUACCUGAUCAAGAAUGGAUAUGACAAGCCUGGCGACAUUGCAGUCUUGACACCGUAUCUCGGCCAACUUUCGAAACUCCGGGAUCAUCUGCGAAAAAGUUUUUUUUUGAUGAUUGACGAGCGAGAUCAGGACUUCAAAACCAUCUUACUCUGCGUACCAUCGACAACUACCAGGGCGAGGAAGCCAAGAUCGUCAUCAUCACUCUUGUCCGCAGCAAUUCCAAAGAGAACGGAACCUCUACGGCUGGUGGUUCGAUUGGUUUCCUCAAGUCUCCGAACCGCACCAAUGUGCUGCUAUCAAGAGCUCAGCACGGGAUGUUCCUCAUUGGAAAUGCGCCAUCCUGAUGAUAAGGACCACGUCUUGGUUAAGUGCUUUGAGCCAUGCCCCCAGCUUCAGCCCGGAUGCGAUCACGUAUGCCCUAAGGUCUGCGGCGAAAAAUGCGGCAAUUGCAUGGAGUUUGUGUGUGGCCAUAUUUGUACUCGUCCGUGCUCCGAAUGCCAAAAGGAGUCUCCUGGAUGGAAGAAGAAGAAGGAUAAUCCUGCUGUGCGCAUCGAGCGCACUGUUCAUGGGAAAUGCAAAAAAGAAUGCGGCAGGAACCUGUUCUGUGGCCAUCCCUGCAUAUCCAAGUGUCAUGACAAAGCAGCCUGUCCCCCCUGCGGGCAGAAAUGCGAGGUCUUUUGCGCUCACUCCCGUUGCCAUCAAAAAUGCAAUGCGCCAUGUGCUGCGUGCUGUCAGAGAUGCGUUUGGAGCUGCCAGCAUCAAGGCCAGUGUGAGAUGCCUUGUGGAGCACCUUGCGACCGACUCCCGUGCAACAAACGGUGCGACAAGGAACUCAAGUGUGGCCAUCAAUGUCCUUCUAUUUGCGGUGAGAAAUGUCCUUCGGAAAAGUUCUGUGUCGAGUGCAAGGACCCUUCAACCAUGGGUCAGAUUGUCGACCUGAUCAUGCAGCAAUCGCUCGCUGAGGUCGAUAUCGAUGACGACCCGAUCCUCGUUCUUGCGUGUGGACAUGCCCUGACAAUGACCACACUGGAUGGAAUGAUGGGAAUGUCCGAGUACUACGUUGCAGAGACGGACAAGAAGACAGGCGAUGUUCAAUAUGUCGGCAAGAAGGAUCUGACGAACGAUGAAGUGCCCCAAGUGUCGUGUCCCAACUGUCGCAAGCCCAUCAUUGGAAUCUUGAGAUACGGCCGCAGGGUCAAAUGCUCACAACUGCGACUACGCUCACACAAGCACGAGAUCACCCAAUUUGGGGCCAUGACCAAAGCACAGCAGGCAUUCGAUGUGGCGCAAGUCCAGAUUAGGGAUCGCCAUGACGCGUUCAUAGCUUCUCUCACGAAAGGCGUGACCGAAGAGUGCCCUGAACCACCGAGCGCCGAGUUGAGAGUGCUUGGGAGACACGAUGACAAGAAUGUGGAGCUACCGAAUAGUAAUGUUGAGUCGAUCGAGAAUAUUUAUCGUAUCCCUAAGUUGCAUGCGGAUGCCUGGGUCAAGAUGAUCAGCCCAGCUACAAAAUCGCUGUACCAAUUCGGGGAAAUCAGCAUACAGGGUUUCAAGUCUCCGACUAAGCGACUCUUCGACGCUGCCGUCUCUCAUCUCUACAGGAUCAAGACUACUCCAACUUAUGACCUUUCGGAGGACCUUGUCACCCACCCAUCUCUGCCAAGAGAUGCAGCCACAGCCUCUGAUAUCGUCCAAGCCUGCGUUGUUGAGUGUGGCCUCCCGAGAGAUGGGCAUUUUGGUGAAUCAUAUGUCAAUUCUUUGCAAGAGCGGGCCAACGUGUUGAUCUUCGUCAUUUCACAGGCAUUUGAGGCCAUGGACAAGUGCGGAGCUUCAACGGGAUGGUAUUGGUUCGUGGAGGACCUGUUAAGAUGCGCUAGAAUCCAUAUUGAGAAACUGCAGACCGCUUCGCUGAAUGGGCGCUUUAGUCGAAAGGCCGUCUACGCCCAAAUCACCCACAUGGAUCUCAUUUGCAGAGAGACGCGAUGGCUUGGAAUGAAGACGUUUCCGACCGAGGACAAGGCUAAGGAGGAUCGUUUGAAGCAAGUGAACAGUCUUCAGGAAAAGUUCAUGGCCGAGCACAAAGACCUUAAGGAUCACUGCCCGCGUGGUAUCAAGAUCGAGUGCGUGGCUAGAGCAGAAGAGUUGGAGGCAAAGAUGGUUGAGGUUGUCAAGGCAGCCAAAGGUCAGGCUUCCUAUUCGCCCCUGUCAAAGGAGGAAAAGCUGCAGUUGUUCAGGGCGAUGAGUCAGGAGUUGAGAGGAUCAGGACACUGGUACGCGUGUCCGAACGGCCAUCCCUAUGUCAUUGGAGAGUGUGGGAUGGCGAUGGAACAGGCGCACUGUGCCGAGUGUGGCGCCUUGAUUGGAGGUGGUGACCAUGCGUUGCGAGGCGAUAACGUACUCAAUACGGAGUUUGAGGACAUGUAUCGUCAGAGACGCUGAUCGAAACUACACGGUGCUGAUGAGCGGGAGCCAAGAUGUCAUUUAUCAUAUCCCUUGUCCUAAAUUCAUAUAUAUGGGAUGAAUUUUAAUAAGAAAAUGCGGAUUGCAAUUG